GACGUGUCAAUUCUUUGAUCGUCAUACCAAGUUGAUCUUCCGGUAGGAAAACAUGAAGUUCUUAGCGGUUCUUUUGGGCGCCAUAGCUGCUGCAGCAGCUCUGCCCACCGACAUCUCGGACCCAGUUCUCAUGAAGUUCAGCGGAGAUGGCGAACGCUACCAGCCCAUGCGGGGUGGUGAUGGUGUGGUCCACAUGGUGGACACCUGGCUAAAGGUCUCCGAUCUGACGGAGGCUGCCAGGUUCCAGCCUGAUACUCAGAACGUUUACCAUCUCUUCACCAGAAACAAUCCCACUGUAAGCCAGCCGCUGCUGCUCGGCGCCGACGGUCUUCUCGGCAGCACCAACUACAACAGCAACAGACGUACCAUCUUCAUCCUCCACGGCUGGACCGACAGUGUGCUUGGCAACGUCAAUUCUGUGCUCAUACCAGCUUUCCUGGCCGCCGAGGACCUGAACGUGAUCUCAGUGGACUGGAGCGUGGGAGCCGGCACCAUCAACUACCUCGCCGCCGUCACCAACACUGUCACUUCAGGUGAAAGUGUGGCCCGCUUCAUAAACUGGCUGAUGGCUUCCACUGGCACCACUCCUGAGCAGAUCCACAUUAUCGGACACUCGCUGGGUGGUCACCAGUCUGGCAUCGUCGGCAGAAACCUCAACGGCAAAGCCGCUUACAUUACUGCCCUGGACCCGGCCCUCCCCGGCUGGAUAUCCAACGACAACCGCUUCCAGGCCAACGAUGGCACCUACACCGAGGCUAUCCACACCAACGCGGGCUUGCUGGGGUACAUCGCUAACCUAGCACAAGUGGACUUCUACCCCAACGGCGGCAUUAAUAUGCCUGGGUGCAGCUCACCUACUUGCGACCAUGACAGAUGUUUCCACUACUUCGCUGAAUCACUCUAUACUGGAGGCUUCACUGGCACCAGGUGCGCCACUUACGCUGGAGCUAUGACUGGCAACUGCAUUCUGUGGGGAUCCCUACAGAUGGGAGGACUGAGACCUAAGACUGGAUCUUCCGGCAUCUACUACUUGCAGACGAACACUGCCUCGCCUUUCUCUCGAGGAUAAACUUAACAUCAGUUAAAAAUUGACCCAAAUUUAUGGUCAGUUGUACCACGUACAAUCAACCAAUCAACAACGUUAAAAUUAAAAAUGGCGGCUGUU